GUGUGUUUGCAUGGAGCACAGCGGUGUUUGGUGUCUCACGGAUGGAUCCUUUAAAGCUUCUGUCCCCGGGACGGACUGACAGCGGGACCGAUGUCGUCAUCACGUGAUCCCAGAUCUGCUCCAAGUCACAUCUGCAAAAUGGAGGACCAUGAUGCUAAAGAGCCCGAGCAGCUCAGGAAGCUGUUUAUUGGAGGUCUGAGCUUCGAAACCACAGAGGAGAGUUUACGGGCACAUUUUGAACAAUGGGGAAGUCUCACAGACUGUGUGGUGAUGCGAGACCCCAACACCAAGCGUUCAAGAGGGUUCGGCUUUGUGACGUACGCCGCUGUAAACGAAGUCGACGAGGCCAUGAAAGCAAGGCCUCACAAAGUAGACGGACGAGUCGUCGAGCCCAAGAGGGCUGUGUCCAGAGAGGACUCCAAUAAACCCGGCGCCCAUCUGACAGUGAAGAAGAUCUUUGUCGGCGGCAUCAAGGAGGACACGGAGGAGUACCACAUCCGGGAGUAUUUUGAGAAGUAUGGAAAGAUUGAAUGCAUUGACAUCAUGGAAGAACGCUCCACUGGGAAGAAGAGGGGAUUCUGCUUUGUGUCUUUUGAUGACCAUGAUACUGUAGACAAAAUUGUUGCCCAGAAAUUCCACACAAUCAACUUCCACAAUUGUGAGGUCAGGAAAGCGCUCUCCAAACAGGAAAUGAGCGCUAUAUCCACUAACAGGGGCAGAAGCGGUGGAUCUGGAAACUUCAUGGGAAGAGGUAGCAAUUACGGAGGUGGUGGAAACUUUGGCCGAGGUGGCUAUGGUGGAGGACGAGGUGGUUAUGGCGACGAUUUUGACAAUGGCCCAGGAGGAAAUUAUGGUGGAGGACCAGGUUAUGGUGGUGGCCGAGGGGGCUAUGGAGGUGGUGGUGGUCCAGGGUAUGGCAACCAGGGUGGUGGAUUUGGUGGCAACUGCGAUGGCGGUUAUGGAGGAAAUGAUGGAGGAUAUGGAGGGGGUGGAAAUUACAAUGAUUUUGGAAAUUAUGGUGGACAGCAGUCUAACUAUGGGCCCAUGAAGGGAAACAACUUUGGUGGGAGAAACUCGGGUGGACCCUAUGGCGGUGGCUACGGCUCCGGUGGCGGCGGCGGAGGUGGCUAUGGCUCACGGCGAUAUUAAUUAUUUCAUGUUUUGAUGUGGAAAGAGGAAUUCUCUUCUUGCUGAAAAUCUGUAAAGACCUGAUAACAUGGAAGGUUCUGGAUGGGUAAGACUUUUUCAAAAUAUUAUCCAAGGCUGCUCUUAUUGUAAUCUAACAGUGCACAUGGUGAUCAUACGAGGUGCAAGGGUUCUUUUAAGGUAAACUUAGAAAGAUGACAUCUAGUCCACUUUGACCAGAAACAGCCUGUGACCUUCACCACACUGCUUCAGCUGCAGUAUCUCGUUUCCACGUUUUAUUACCUUCACUAUCAGUCAGAUCUGAGAAAGGUGAUGGUGGCAAAACAGUCAGUUAUCAAGCUCUCAAGAAGAACUGUAUUAACAGUAUGUUAGUCACGCAAUGUUCACAUAUAUGGGAAUCAGAGGGUUAUUGUCAACAUGAUAUAAAAGGGACUUUUAACUCUUGCGUAACUUGGAUUAGUUUGGCCAAGGCAAGUCAUAGCAGUUAAAUGAAUUAAAUGGGCUAGUUAUCGUCACUUUGAUAAGCCUGUUUUAAAUCAACAAGGUAAAAUCUUCUACAUAAGUCACAAGUCCCUAGAGAAAAAAAUACAACAACAUUAUUUUACAUGACUGGAAGUCACAUGAACAUAUGCAAAACAUGGGCAGACAGACUUCAACAGAGAGGAACCAUGGUCACAAGUUGAAACUAACCCAACAUCACUCUGACAAACAGUAUAAAGAAUAUCAACACUUCACUAAAAACUGGUUUCCAGUACUUCCCAAGAAGUGGAGACAUUAUUUAUUUUUCUUUAAAGGCCAAAAGCCUUUUUAUGAAAUGCUAACAUUGUGUCUAACUCCUCAGUUGAAAUUAAGUUAAGAUGUCUGGGGAAUUUUUGUAAAGUUUCCCUUUUUAAUUAAUUGAGGUGGGGAUGUCCGUGUCAAACAUGGCAGACAUAUGAUCCACAUGAUUAUCGUCUGCAUUUUUAAUUGUUUGAAAGAAUUAUACAUGCAUUUUUAGGAUUCCUCACAGGUGCUCAGUGGACAAUCUGUGCUAAUGUUUCUCAGCUGAAGGAUAGUGUUUCUACAGAGGAAUGCAGAGUGACACAAAGCUGUGCUUAGCAAAAAGCACAUCAGUGUCCGUGAACUAUGCCGGCUUAUAAGUAUUUUUUUUUGUAAAUGUAAAAGUGUGAAUUGUGCUAUAAAAUAAAAAUGUUUUCCACGA